CCUAAGGAAUUAUGAAAGACCAUUAUUUGAAAAUGGCGACUUUUCCUCCGGCUCCUUCGGGUUAUCGACCACGUUGUUAUUUUGAUGUUGAAGUCAAUGGCGUGUCUGCGGGGCGAAUUAUCAUGGAACUGUUUGCUGACAUAUGCCCACUAACGUGUGAAAAUUUUCGGGCGCUCUGUACAGGGGAGAAAAUGUUGAGCAAGCUUUCAGGAAAGUCACUUCAUUACAAAGGUGCUCCGUUUCAUAGAGUUAUCAAGGAUUUUAUGAUUCAAGGUGGAGAUUUCACUGCAGGCAACGGUACUGGUGGAGAAUCUAUUUAUGGAAGAACAUUUAACGAUGAAAACCUAGAGUUGAAACAUGAAAAACCUUUUAUUUUAUCCAUGGCCAAUAAAGGCCCAAACACGAAUGGAUCACAGUUUUUUAUAACGACUGUCCCAUGUCCUCAUCUCGACAGAAUUCACGUUGUAUUUGGCCACGUUCUUCAAGGUCAUGAUGUAGUAAAGGAAAUUGAAAGUCAAAGAGUAGAUUCAAAAAGUAAACCAAUAAGUGAUGUUAGAAUCGCUGAUUGUGGAGAGUUGAUACCAAAAAGUCGCCUUAAACCUAAAAAACGGAAAGUAGUUGAGUCCUCGGCUUCAAGUGGCUCCGAUUCUGAAUCAUCAUCCGACAAUGAAAACGAGAAGAGAAAGAAAAAAAGAGAGCUUAAAAAGCGAAAGAAAACGAAAGAGCGCAAGAAGUUAAAGAGAGAAAAGUUGAAGUCAAAGAAGAAGAAAAAGAAGUCGAAAAAAGAAAGUGACGAAAAUGAAGAUGUAAAAGAAAAUAUGGAAGAUGAAAGCAUUCCUAAGGUUCCAAGUAACAGAUUCCUGAUGAGACGAAGCCGCACUCCUAGUCCUAUUAGAGAAAAACGCAUGAAAGAAAGACGUUCUUCACCUCCCGGUUAUAAAGCCUCUGAAAAUAAAGAAAAUACCGAGCAAGUAGAGAAUGAACGAAAAAUUGAACGUAUAUCCAAGUCUGGUCAUGUGCUAAAAGGGCGUGGAAGAAGGAUGUAUCGGACACCGUCCGUGUCUCCAUCGUCAUUGAGACGAAGAAAUCGUUCAUUAUCGAGCAGUAGACGUCGUUCAGGAGGUGAUCCUUACAGGAGACGAGUCAGCCGAAGUCCAAGAAAAAUGAGACGAGAUGACAAAUCAAAAAGUAGAUCCCCAUUUCAUAAAAACCACGAAGACGCAAGUCGCGAGAGAACUCGUGGAAAAUCAUUACCUAAGCAUGAAAAUCAUAUGUUAAGUGAUGAAAUAAUAACGAGUAAAUGGGACGAUAAAAAUGAUCAGCAAAAGAGAACGUGGAUGAAUUUAUCGCGAAAAUCAUCAAGUUCUUCUGAAACUGAUAGUCGGCAACGAAAUUCUUCAUCACCAAAUCGAUCGAAAGGUAAGAAGGUCCACGAAAGCAAUUUUAGUAGUAAUGAUGAAAUAAGAAAAAGAGAUAGAAGAGAGCUUUCAUCGAAUGAUUUAGACAGAAGCAACCACAAAGAAAGUAGUUUCUCAAAAAAGAAAAGCUCGUAUCGCCAAAGAGGACGUUCUAGGUCAAAAAGUAGCAGCUAUGACAGUGAUUCAAUGAAAAAACGCACAUCUGGAAGUAAUAAUGCAGAAAUGAAGACAAAUUGGUCUCUCAAAAGUCUUGUUGCUCUCUCGUCAGGCCAGUGAAAUGAAUGUUUGUGCCUCAUCACACCAGAUAAUUUCUAGAAAUGCUCUCAAAUACAUUUAUAUGUUUGUACAUGACUGAACUAGGUGAUAUUUUUGAAAAAUAUUACAAACAAUAUACAAAUGUCUUUACUUAAAUUGUUCAGAGCUAAAGCUAAACUGCAUUCUAAAUGCAUAAUACUUUGCUGUCAAUUGAAGUAAAUAGUAGCAUAUUUUACAUAA